CGCCGCCGAAGCUCGCCGACUAGAGGCAAAGGACCACAGCUUCUCCAGGCAGCCGGGCGCGCGCUUUGACGCUCUUCUGUAGAGACCGUUUUCAACACUACUUCGCUGAUCCCGACAUAUUUCAGACUCUUGUCGCACACCAGGAUCAAAGGUUUUCGUUUGUCUCGUCUUCAAGCAUUCGGACAGUUGAAGGAAAACGCCGCGCUAAAUGAGUUGAGCUCGAGAAACGCACACACACAGCAUCUUCCUCUUGUCAGGUUGAGGUCCUUCAGCACACGGGAGCCGCUCUUUCUAGAGCUGUGCACUGGAGUUUAAAGGACACGUCUUCUCCUUCGUCUUGGAAGUACACGUUCAGGACUGAAAACCAUCACUAAUAUAUCGUCUGGAGUCCAGGACAGGAAAUUAUUUUUUUUUCUCUCACAACGCCGUUACGCAUGGUGGGAAUUUCUACCUCUUUUCAGUAUCGCACUGAGAAGCGCUCCACCAUGCCCGACUCACCUGCUGAUGUGAAAACACAGUCCAGGUUAACUCCGCCCACCAUGCCUCCUCCCCCCACCACACAGGGAGCUCCCAGGACCAGCUCCUUCACCCCCACAGCAUUAACGAAUGGCACCAGUCACUCUCCCACUGCACUAAAUGGAGCUCCAUCUCCACCCAAUGGCUUCAGCAAUGGGCCUUCGUCAUCAUCUUCAUCCUCGCUGGCCAAUCAACAGCUGCCACCGGCCUGUGGAGCAAGGCAGCUGAGCAAGCUCAAACGCUUCCUCACAACACUACAGCAGUUCGGCAAUGACAUCUCGCCUGAGAUAGGAGAACGAGUUCGCACGCUGGUCUUAGGACUUGUGAACUCCACUCUAACCAUUGAGGAAUUCCACUCCAAACUGCAAGAAGCGACCAACUUCCCACUCCGACCGUUUGUCAUCCCGUUUCUGAAGGCCAAUCUCCCGCUACUGCAGAGGGAACUGGUGCACUGUGCACGGCUGGCCAAGCAGAACCCGGCUCAAUACCUAGCCCAACAUGAGCAGCUCCUGCUGGACACAAGCACCACGUCGCCUGUCGACUCGUCUGAACUCUUGAUGGACGUCAACGAGAAUGGCAAGAGAAGAACACCUGACAGAACCAAAGAGAACGGCUUUGAGCGGGAGCCCCUUCAUCCUGAGCACCCCAACAAGAGGCCCUGCACUAUAAGCCCGGGACAGCGCUUCAGCCCCUCCAACGGGCUCUCCUACCAGCCCAAUGGCCUUCCACACCCCACACCACCCCCUCCACAGCACUACCGUCUGGACGACAUGGCUAUCGCACACCACUACAGAGAUUCCUAUCGUCACCCCAACCACCGCGAGCUCCGCGACCGCCCUCGGCCACUGGGGAUGCACGGCAGCAGCACACGCCAGGAGGAAGUCAUAGAUCACAGACUCACAGACAGAGAAUGGGCAGAAGAGUGGAAGCACCUUGACCAUGUAAGAAAACUCCUGAACUGCAUUAUGGAUAUGGUGGAGAAGACACGUCGCUCAUUGACAGUGUUGCGGAGGUGCCAGGAGACUGACCGAGAAGAGCUCAACUACUGGAUCCGGCGUUACAGCGAUGCUGAAGACCUUAAAAAAACCAGCAGCACUAGCACCAGUCAGUCAAGACAACAGAGUCCCGCUAGCCAAGAAGGCAAUGCUUUAGAAGUACAUAGGGAGCUCCUUCACAGGCCAGUGUCUGGAUACGUACCUGAAGAAAUCUGGAAGAAAGCCGAAGAGGCUGUGAAUGAAGUGAAGAGGCAGGCCAUGUCUGAGCUGCAGAAAGCCGUGUCAGAGGCUGAGCGCAAGGCACACGAGAUGAUCAGCACAGAGCGAGCCAAGAUGGAGCGCACGGUGGCUGAGGCCAGGAGGCAAGCAGCAGAGGACGCGCUGUCAGUCAUCAACCAGCAGGAGGACUCCAGUGAGAGUUGCUGGAAUUGUGGGCGCAAGGCGAGCGAGACCUGCAGCGGCUGCAACACGGCGCGUUACUGCGGUUCCUUCUGCCAGCACAAAGACUGGGAAAAGCACCACCACGUGUGUGGCCAGACACUGCAGGCCCAGCAGCAGGGUGAGACCCCUGCCACCGUCAGCUCUUCAGCCACUCCCAGCAGCGGAGCUGGAAGUCCAGCAGACACACCGUCUGCCGCCGCCACUCCUCGCUCAGCCACACCCGGCACGCCCUCCACCGUGGAGAACACGCCGCGCUAGAGUCCAAGCCGACUCACCUGCCUCACUUGCUCCAAAAUGCUAAAGCUAGCGCACUAACAAAGAGAGAAGACUGUACUUACUUUGAGCGAUCACCCACAGGAGGUCCAUUUCGGGUCAUAUUGACUUGCCAUGAUAGAGAACGCAAAGAUAUUCUUUGUUUGAAAUUCUCAUUGUCCUUUAUUAAUGCCACAGCUAUUAUGGAUGACUGUUGGCCAUGUCUUUUAUUGUUGUUGUGGCUCUCUUGCAUUCUUGUAAAUAAGAAGACAAAUGGAGUAGACAGCCGGGACCUCUUGAUGAGUAUAUUCGACCUCUCCUUCAUUUAUUUUUUUGGGUUUCCCCUCCUCCUUUGUUCCGUUCUCAAAGCUCUUUAUCCAGUAGCUGGGAUAUGAAACUAUUUGACCUCAUUAAAGACACUUUAAAUGACAAAACCAAGGAAAUACUUCACAGCUGAUGUAAGCAAAGACUCUGACUUUUAUUAGGACAAAAAGACAGCGUUCCUUGUAAAGAAGUCAACACGACGUUCGUCGUUGCCAUGAAGGGCAUCUGUGUCAGAUGUGGUGGAGUAGACGGCGUUUCUGGCUCACGCGCUCAGUUCUGCAGAUGUGCAGCAGAUUGUGAAGGAACGCAGAUGUUCGCCCCUCUUCUGCAAGAUAAUAUCCAGGUCAAUGGUCUGAGAAAUAAAACGCUGUUUCACUGAGGAAUGUAGGGGCGAGGAGCUGGAUGUUGAGUAGCACACAGCUUAAUGAAGGAUGCGCUCUGAGCCCUGAUCCCAAAUGCAGCUCCCAAAACAGGAAGUGAAGUCAUCGGCCCACCAGUGCAGGACUGUCAGAACCUCACUGUGACAGCCGCUGGGAAGCAAAGGGCUGAGGAAUUCCCCAUAAAUCACUGGCUGUUGGAGCUCUCUCCUGUCCCGCCAUCAGUCCUCGUUCUGCUUCUUUUUGCCCUUCUAGAUCUCAUUGUGUUAAACACUUGUGUCCUGUGCCGUCUCCAAUGGUUAUUUAUUGUACAUGUGCUGGACAAUUGUGACAACGCAUUAAUAGUUUAAACCACAGUCACAACUUUUUAGUCUUUCUAGGUGCAAAAAGGAAGAACAUAUUUUCUCUUGUUUUCUCUCUCUCCGUCUCUCUAUCUUUCGCAAGCUGCUUUUCUAUUCGUAUGUGUUUGUGCUAGUCCCCUUGUUGUUCUCUAAGAAGAAGAAAAAACUUUUCCCCCGUUGUCCUCGAAAGGCAAACGCUAUCUCUCAGAGCUGCUACUUCGGUCUCAUUCAGAUGUUUUUCUGAGAACUAGCAUGUUACAUGGAAUGCUAACAUAAAUGUUUUUGUACAUGGGACGUACAUAAAUGUAUUUGCACUGUCACGGUUUCUCUCAGCAUGCUUCUUUUGGCAUUUUUGUUUUCUCCAUAGGGAGCCUCACCUCAUAGGUUUUCUUUGGAGUGCUUCGUUACAUAUCUGUGAUUUUCUUUUCUUGUUAAAAAAUGGAUAAAACCUAUGAAAAAAAGCGAAAAAAGACAAAAGACAAAACAGAAGUAUCACCACGAUCUGCUUUUGUUCACAUUUUUCGAAACAUUUUGCUUUGAAUAGUUAAGGACAGCGCAUGCACAUGCAUACUGAACGCUAUGGUAUAUGUUGUUUUGUUUUCUACAAAAAAAAAGAAAAAGUGUACAAAAAAGACACUAAGAAACUAACUUUCCAAAUGCAGAGGUGAAAAACAGACAGCUUUAACACUGCAGAGCACCAGGAUACACAGUAUUACAAAAGACAUAACAUGGAAGACAGCCAAAGACAGACAUGAAGGACCAAAACCUGAUUUUAUUCAAGAUUUAAACAUGACAAAAGAGACUCAUUCUUGUUUUCUCCACGUGUUUAUCAGGGGAAACCACAUUGAGCAAUGUUUCCAUUCCAAAACCUUUAACUCUCCCCUGUCCAGAGCCAGGGCUGUUCAGCUCAUAGGGAGGAGGAGCCACUCAAAACCAUGUAGCAGUUCCUGAGGAAAGAAGGUUUGAUGUGUGGACGAUGUAGUCCGAAGGACUGAGCAAUAACCGGAAGGUGGAUCCCACAUCUAGAUCCUCCGUGGCGAGGUUUUCACAACUGUUUCAAUGUCGUCCUUUUUUCCUUCCGUAUCGUUUGGAUUCGUCUCCCCAAAAGGCUCUUCUUGUUUAUGAACGGCGCAUAACCAAACCAAGUGUUUCAGCUCAAGAUUAAAAGCCAUGUGAGAAACUAAACGACACAACCUCGUUGUUGGCUUAAGAGAAAGAGGGGUCUGAUCGAGCACUUAAGCCUCAUUCACACUAUAAGCGACUCGCAGCAGCUAAGCGAAGAGGCCACCACUUAUUUCAACAGAGAGUGGGCGAAUUCUGGCGACCUAGUCGAGCAACAGCAAUUGUUGGCGACCAGGUGGGAGAGUCAAGAGAUGCGACAAAGUUGAGAAUCCUUCAACUUCAUGCAAAUGAAGAUCGAUUUUUCUUGAGCGAAAGCCAAUAGGAGCACCAGUAGAUCUCUCUGCUCGCUCAAAGGCUGGUUGUAUUCUCCGUGCUCAAACCUGCGUUUGCAGGUAUAGCGACAGGCAGCUACAAAGUCGCUGCUAGUGUGAAUGAGGCAUUAGCUGGCUCAUGGUGCUAAACGCUGUGCUUUUGACCUCUUAGGAGAAGAGGCUGGCUCUGGACGCACUUCCGGCCUCCUCCGGUAUGCUACGGUUAUUAAUCCAAAAAUCAAGGGUGUAAGACACCCAUCCACAUCUCCACAGAAUCUGCCAGCUGAGCUGUCUUGAAACUAUUUUUGAAAUACAUGCAGUUAGUGUAGAGUUCAAUCAGGGUGACCUGAAUAAAUAAGCACGGAUAAAGCGUUAAGAAUCUCCUUCUUCUCCUUCCCACUCUAGGACGUCUGUUUUGCUACAACCUUUUUUCCUCUGUGGCAAAAAGUCUCACUCUACCUCUGACAGCACGUUAGGAGCACCAGUCGCUGAGCGGACACUGGUCUAGUCAAACCAAAUGGGCACAUGAGAACAGGACUUAAACCCAAAGUUAAAAGCUCAUAUAGCUGCAAACCAUAUCACUACUUGGUAACAAUGCAGACCUCAUGAGAAAAAAAAAAAAGCUUAAUGGAUAGGAUAUGUAAAAUGAAAAAAAAAAAAAGUUAAUUUUAAGUUUAUCAUGCGUACAAAUCACUUUGAGUCGACUCAAAGUAAAAAAAGAAAAUAUUUCAGAGUGUUGACUUCAUUUGAUAUACACUAUAAUUCAGUAAUGGUCAAAGAUGAGAAAUGUGAUAUAUUCCUAUUGCCCUUCUCUUCUCCUGCACCCCCUUUCCCCCCAGUUUCCGUCUUCUGUUGUGAGAUACGCUUGGCCACAUGUUGGUGUCAUUUAGGUUUGUGUUUAUUGGGAAUUUGCACCAAACCUGAUCGAACAGUUGGUGAAUACGCGCAUGCCUUUUUUUGCCAGGUGUUCUUGCGCUAUUUUGUUUCGCUUUUUUUUCUUUCUUCAGUUUGUAAAGUGAAUUCAACUUUGGGAUGAUAAAUGAACAUAAAGUGAAAUGACUCGGUGGGGUGGGUUCAGGAUGGGAAGUGAUAGGGUUGUUCGAAAAUUUUAUUGUGAAAAAAAAAUUAAACUCAUGAAAGUCGUUGUGCAAUACUUAACGGAAACAAGAACCACAGGUUACAGGUGGGCUGGGAGGGUGUGGUCCGUCAUCACACCGUUUCAGUAUACUCUAGGGUUUUUUGAGUCUACUAUGUCUGUUUCUUGUUUAAUCUGUUUUCUUUAUUUUAUUCUCUCGUUUUGGGGGGGGGGGGGCUGUAGUAAAUGGUCUGUCAGUCUGUGAAUCUUUGCAGUAUGAUUCUGGUAUUGUUGUACUCUUUACUGUGUAAUAAAUAUGUUCAUACCUGCAUUG